AAUAGCCAAUUGAAUGACUCUCAUAGGCAAUUAUUAUCAUUAUGUAUAUUUCAGUCUUUGUGUUUGAUAAAGGGAAAUUCUGUUCAUGGAUUCUGCUGAAUAACCAGUCUUAUUCAUCUUUUGGUUUCCAUAGAUUUAUUGUUCUUUUUGGUAUUCUCUUAAAAAUUCCAACAAGUGGGAUUGGGUCUGGUACAAGAACCUUAUGUGAUAAAGCAUUAGGUCAUGAGAUCCACUCUCAGUCCAUAUGAUAUUGGAAGACAGUUCAUAUGAUAUUGGAAGACGUGUCACACCAACAUCAUGUUAAAAAAUUUACUGAAUACAUUACAAUUUAUUAAAAAAUUAUCCUAUUACUACAGUCUUAAUUUUUUUUUUCAACAAAUAGCUGAUUAUUACAAAACCUAACCUCCACUCUAUUUAUAGGAACACCCCAGAUAGCUCCCCUGUAUCCAACAACCACCAAAGCUUCAACUUCUGGUUUUUAAGCAAUCUAGCCUAGUUUGUCCUUAGUUUGUGUCGAUUUCAUUGUCUGUCAAACCAUUUGAAGCUGUUGGGUUUUAUUUAUCAAUCCACUUUCAUAGCUUUGAGGGUUUUGACCCUUCAGAACAUCCUUAACUGCAGUUUUUCUAGAGAAUUUCAUCCCACAUGUUUUCUUUCAGAAGUUACCAAUUGUCCCAUUUGUUCUGCACAUUCUACUGAAUUUCCUCACUGGGUAUUUAGUUCAAUUGAGUUCUUCACCUCUGUAUUUGCUCCUGUAGUAUAUUAAAGAAUUGGGCACUCCACUUUUACUGUAAUUUUAUUGUCCUGCUGGAGGUUAAGAGUAUUUGGAUGAUUUGCUGCUGGUAGUUGUCUAGGAUUGCUUUGAAUAUUCUUUUACUUUCGACCAGUUAGACUUGUGUGUCCAUUGUCUUUUAGAAGCUCUAUUAAAAAAAUUGUUACUGAAAGGUUGGCAUAGCACAUACAAGUGCAAUAUAUUGUUCCUCUGAAUCAGUCCUGAGUUUGUUUGGCUGAAAGCUUGAAUUCGGCAAUAUGGCCAGUCAUCAAAGUUCUUCAUCUGAGGGAAACACUUCUUCAACUUGGACAUCCAAGCAAAAUAAAUUGUUUGAGAGGGCCAUAGCCAUCUAUGACAAAGACACUCCUGACCGUUGGCAAAAGGUGGCUGCGAUGGUUGAUGGGAAAUCUCCAGAGGAAGUCAAAAGGCAUUAUGAGAUUCUGUUAGACGACUUGACUGGCAUUGAAUCAGGCAAAGUGCCUUCCCCCAAAUACAAAUCUUCUGGUUGAUUUUUCUGGUUGAUUUUUCAAACAAGGAAAACAGACAAUAUAUGGUAUGAAUCUACAACGGAGCUCCUGAAUUAAAGUUUACCUAUUAUUACUCCUACUACUAAAUUCUACAAGGAGAUAGCAGAAGAUAACUUAGAAGUUGUUCAGAAGCAUAGCAUAACAAAAUGACUGGGCACCUGUGAAUACUUUCCAUGAUAAAUAUAAUAUAGAAAUACCUGUAACAGUCAUAUAUACUUAAAUAAAAGGAGGAAGACUCAAGUUAUAUAAGAAUUUGGGUGCUCUCCCCUCUUCAAUUUCUGUUAAAAAACAAAUAGUACUACAAGUUCUAUAUACAGGAUGUGAAGGUGGUGAUAUAUGAGAGCCAGUAUUUAUAGAGAAAUAGCCUAAUAUGUAUUUUUAUUAUAAAACAUGUCUUAAAUAUGAAAUGGAUUCAUAUAUUACUUUUGAGAGGUUAUGAAAAAACUGAAAAAACUAGCAAU